AUGAGACAAUUUGGUACCCUAAUAUUUUUCUUAACUUUGCAGUUCUAUGAGAGCCUAGUUUGUUGUCAAGUAGUUAGAGACAUAAUCAAUUCUGGUAGAAGAAGUGUGUUUAGUUACAAGUUUGUGGAACCUCGGUUGAAGAUUUUAAAGGAUUUAGGAACUUGUUUGGAUCUGGAUCACAAAGAAGAUUUCAAGAAGGCCUAUGGGAAUCUCCUAGGUAUUCUCAACACUGAGGGGAGAGAAAUAAGGAUCAGGUUCCUUUCGUUAGUACCAAGGAACUACCAAAGUCUCACUUGUAAUCGAAGCUUUGCAUCUGGAGAAGAAGGGAAUGAACUUAACCUUAAGCCUAAGGGUGGAACUCAUGGUUUUACUCUGGAGUUUUUGGUUGAGAAGACCAUUGCCUUUGCUGAUGUUGGGAGUUGGAUAGCUUUCAACAUUGAUUUCUAUUUUCUCAUCUAUAGGAUCGUGUUGUUUCCUAAUAUGGAAGGAUUUGUGGACCUUGCAUCUAUUCACAUCUUGUUGUCCAAGAAUUCAAUUCCUACAUUCCUUGUUGACACUUACUACUCUAUCCAUGUAAAGACUCAUAAGAAGAAGGGUAUUAUCAUGUGUUCUGUUCCUUUGGUGUGUAGGUGGUUUAUUUUGCACCUACCCAGCAAGGGUCCUUUCAUCGAGAACAAGGACAAUCUCAAGUGGUUUCAAAGGACCAUGUCUCUCACCACUAAUGAUAUUAUAUGGUACUCUAGAGCUUUUGAUGAUGGAAAGGUUAUCCUAAAUUAUGGAAGUUUCCCCAAUGUACCCUUCAUAGGUACGAAGGGUGGAAUCAACUACAAUUUGAGGAUAACUUUACGUCAGUUGGGUUAUCCGUCGUUAUGCAAGCCAAAUUCCGAGUAUGUGGAGGAGUUUGUUUUGUAUGAAGGGGUUAACAAUCUAGAGUUACUGAAGGAGAUCAUCAGAGCUUGGAGGGAAGUUUGUUCUCAAGGAAGAUCUGAGUCAAGAAAGAAGAAUUGUUUUGCUAAGGAAGCUUAUACACAAUGGGUUAAGGACAUGGUUGAAGAAAUUUGGUUGUCGUUUCCGUUGGAUCCAUUUAUGAACAUCCCACAACAUGUGCUUGCAGUUGUUCCUAUCUCUAAGGUGGGUAAACUCAAGGAGACUAUCAAGAUUUUUGAGAAAGAGAAUUCUUAUCUCCGAUAUAAUCUUGGUAGGCUUACAAGGGAGAAAGAAGACUUGGAUCUUAACCUCAACCAAAAGAGGAUCAUGACAUCCCAAGCGGUGGAGGAAGAGCCAAGAGGAGCAGUUCAAAAGGAGGAAAGUAGGUGA